AUGGGAAGAAAAUUUGGAAACACCUUCAAUGACACUUACGAGAGAAAAGCCACAUCUUAUGAGAGGACUAGACCUACCAACACGGGUCAAGUCACUUCAAGAGGUAGCAAUCCCACUGUCCAGCAGCCUUUGGACAAAGGAAAGGCUCCUAUGAAUGGGUCCUCUAAACAAAUUUUUGGAAAUGAUGUGUGCUACAAGUGUCAUAAAAAAAGCCACUUUGCUAAGCAAUGCCCCACUAGGAACUUAGCAAUUGAAAGGGAGGAUAAAGAAGAAGAGUCUGGAGAGGAACAUCCUUAUAUCCCCGAAGAAGUAGCUAGUAAGGAUGAGUUAUCCAUGGAAGAAGAAGAAAAUCCUACUGUAAAUGUUAUGCGAUGUAUCAUGGUGACCCCUCAAGAACAAGAGGAUUGGCGUCGAACUUCUAUUUUUCAUACUUAUAUCAAGUGUGGAAAUAAAAGUUGCAAGAUGAUCAUGGAUGGUGGAAGCUACAUGAAUGUGAUCUCAAAAUAA